UAAUAACUGAUUGUAUUUCAGAUUUUUUACUCCCAACGGACAGUAUAGCUAUUCAUAUAAAUAGCAUAAAUGUUUGAAAAGUUCAGAUAUGACCUGUACUUACAUUCAGGUUAUUAGAGAAUUUAUUCGUAAAAAAUGCAGUUUUUGUUGGACAUCCGAGGUUUCAGCUGAUACACACUGGGCAACCAACAGCCCAAAGAGCUUGAAAGGUGGCCAUGAUGAGAAGGGUGAGAUCGAUGAGAAGAAAGAGGAGAAGGGUGAGAAUGAUGAGACCUUGGAUGAAAAAUGUUCAAUGUCGGACAGGAACUCUAAAAGUUUGAAUAUUCUAACAAGUACACGAAUAUAUGAUGAAGAUGCUCCGGAAGAUUUUGACGAUUCUAACAAUCCAGAUUUCAGGUGUUCCCGGGUACAAACUGUUGCAUUUUUAUCCUGUUUUUAGGUGUUCCCGGGUUCAAACCGUUCCAUUUCUAAUUUUAUUACAGGUA